AUGUCCAAUUCUAAAUAUAAUUUCAUUACACCAUCAAUUGUUAAAGUAUUAUUAUUACCAAUUAACAAUUGUACUAAAACCAAUUUCAUACGAUAUAAACAAUUAAUAGAAGCAAAUGUUACAGCAAUUAGAUUAUUAGACAUCACCCCCAAUCAAAGUUUACAAUUCUUCAAUUCAAAUACAUUUCCACAAGGUCGAUUAAUUUUUGAAUUUAAUAUUGAAUCAAUUGAUUCUGAUUCAAUUUUUUUAUAUGAUUUUGAACCAUAUAGAAAAACAUUCAUAGUUAUAGGUAUUGGUCAAUAUGAUGAGAAGUUGGAUGUUGAGGAUAAAUUGAAUAGAUUAAAGAAGGAACAUUCAAGUAUGAUUGUAUCUAACCUUCUUAUAUUUGAUACACCUGAUGAACAAAUUGAACAAUUAUCUACCCACCAGCAGAAAGAAAUCUUUUAUCAUAAUGGGACUACAUCUCAUUUAACAGCAUUAGAAACCAUAUUUUGUGAUAUUGGUGGGAAUUUCUUACUGGCAUUAGAUCAAUAUGCAGCAUCAUAUUCAAAUAUAACAUUACGUUCACCCGUAUCAAUAACGGAUAGUCAUGUCCUUACAAAAACCAUUACAAAAGCGCAAAAACGAUUAAGUCAAGGUUCGAAAUCCGUUUCAUUCAAUGGAUCAUCCCCCUCUCCGUCUCCAAUAUCUGGAACUUCACCUCAGGGGGUAAGCAACAGCAACUCCAACAACAACGCCCAACUCCCAUCUAAUGAUCCGAAAUCAAAAUCUCAAUUACGACAACUUGGAAGACAACGGAAACUAAUGGGGAAUUUCUACUUGUUAGCGGGGAAAUAUGUGGAUGCAUUACAAAGUUUUAUAGAAUGUUUAUCGACAUUAAAAAAAUGUGAUGAUUAUUUAUGGUUAGGUAACACUUUGGAAGGGAUUGCUGUUUGUAUUAUAUUAUUACAAUAUAUUGGCGUGGGGUAUCAAUUACCUAAUGUGACUCUAUUGCCGAUUUUACAGGUUACCAAGAGUCAAUUGAUGAAUUUGAAUAGUGGUAUUGAUGUAGCGUCACCGAAAAAGUCGAGUGAUUCGAGAUUGGCGCCGCCGACGAUGUCACCCAGAACUUCAUUUAGUGGUGCUUCUGGACAGGGAAAUUCAUUCACGUUGAAUUCGUUGAGUUUGACAAGUGCAGAUUUGAAUACGGUGGCAUAUCCUGCAUUGGUGAGGAUUAUUUUAAAUCGUGUUGUAUAUUAUUAUAAUCAAACAACUGCCGAUUUUGAAGAUGUUGUCCCUGAUAUAGUAUUCAUCGAAACCAUACUCCGGAAAUGUCGAUUAUUUAUCUCAUUCUACACCUCACAGCCAAUUGAAAACAUCAUCUCAAACACAUUAGUCAAUCCAAUAAUCGACGAUCAUCAAUACAUUACAAAAUUUGAAAUCAUUGAAGAAAUAAACAAAAUCAUCACGUUCCAAUUAAUAGACUUAAAUAUAUUCCACCAAUGUCAGAUUUAUACCGAAUUAGCGUCCCUCUAUCAUGAUAUUGGCCAUUAUAGAAAACAAUCCUUCAUAUUACGUAUCCUCCUAGUCGCAAUCUUCCCCCAACUCAAUAACACCUCCAUCCAAUCACAAUCCAUCACUCCGGCCAUCAAACAAAUCAUAAACUACUUAUUUCAAAUCUAUGGCAUCAUAUCCAAAUCAUCUCCACAAUUUUCAUCCGUCGAAGCGGGAAAACAAAUCGAUUGGAUCGGUUUGCAAAUCCAAUUCUUAAAACUCACCCUCAAAAUCGCGGAACAGUCAAAUGAUAGGCAGUUUUUGAUGGGGGUUUGUGUGUUGUUGUUGAGCAGAUAUGUGCAUUGUUUACCACCUGAUGAUCAAAUUAGACUCAAACAAAAAAUCGACACCACUGGGAUAGUAGAGAUUCCAUAUUGGGAUCCAUACUUGGUUCGAAAUGUGAGAUUUAUGACUUCGAAACAUUCCCAGGAAUUAAUUCCAUUCAAUGAAUCGAAUGAGAAUGAAAAUGUGACUACUGAUUCGACGGAUUCGUUUUUUGACCCAUACAAGGAGAAAGAAGAAAAGACGAAGGUUAAUAGGGAUAAGAUAUUGAUUGUGGAUGAAGUUAAUUAUUUACAUGUGAGAAUGCAGAAUCCGUAUGCAUUUGAGAUUGAGAUAAAUAGUAUUGAAAUUGUUGUUGAGGAUGAUGAUGGACCUGAGGUUCAGACAUUGGUUGGUUUGAUUAAACCGAUUGAGAGGGAGGUGAACAAUAAUGGUAUGCAACAGCCUCCAGCGAGAUCAGUGGGGAAGAUGAAAGGGAAGAAGGUGGUGGUGGGGAGUAUUUUACAAUCACCAAUUCAGACACGAGUUGGGUUGAAUCAGAGCCAGACAAGACUGCCUGCGUCUACACAACAGCAGCAAGAAGCUACAACGACUUCUGCCAAUUUAAUCAUCCCACCCUGUUCAACAGAAAUAUUUACAGUCCCCUUCAAAGCAUUAUCCGCCGGCAUAAUAAAAAUCAUCGGGUUUCAAAUCCAAAUCGGACAAUCAUCAUCCAUCAACCAAUUCUUCCCCAUCAUAACCCACGAGAGAAUCCAACCCACCAUCAAACUCCAAACCCCAACAACCCCAACAACCACCAACGCCCUAGACGACAUAAUCAACCACCUCCACCUCACCAAAUCCACCCCUAUCCCCGAUCGAUUCCUCACCAAGCAAAUCCAACUCCAAAUCAUCCCCCCACAACCAUCCCUCCAAGUCACAAACAUCUCCUCCCCCUCCCAAAUUAUGCUCCUCGAUGGCCAAUCCCACAUCCUUCGCGUCGAGCUCACCAACACAAGUGCACAAAGCAUAAACUAUCUCAGUUUCACAUUCUCCAAUUCCGGAAUCGAAGAAAUCAUGUCCCAGCUUGCUGCAGGCGGAGGCGGGGAUAUGGAGGAGAUAUAUGAAUUAGAAUGGGUUUUGAUGAGAUAUAAACCGAUCAAAAUGUUGAAUAAAGCCGAUAUCAUCAAACGAUAUCAAUUAAUCCAGCCGGGGGAUCGGAUUGAAUUAGAGUUUGAGAUUUGGGCGAGGAGGAAUAGACGGAUAGGUGGUGGGAUGAAUGGGGUUGGAAAGGAGGAAAUGAAGGUGGUUUUGGAUUAUGGAUAUCGGAUCUCCAAUAAGAAUAAGAAUAAGAAUGAGGGUGGUGUUGGAGGGGGGUUUUUGAAGUGUGUUAAUAUUCCGAUUUUUGUUAGUGUUAUGAAUUCGAUUGAGGUGAUUGGAUGUGAUGCUAUUCCGUUAAGUAGUGCCUUCUUGGCUCAUUGUGGUGGUGGUGAUGGAAGAGGUGGUGGAAGGAAUCUUGAAUCGGUGUUGGAGUUUAUAGAUGGGAUUAGAGACAAGAUUAAUGAUUAUUGUUUAUUUGUGUUAGAUUUAAGAAAUUCAUGGAAUCAUAAAUUAGAAAUCCACCUAGCAUAUGAUAGCCUGUUUGAGAUUAAUGAUGAGAUUGAAUCAGGCGUGACACAAAGAUAUUUAAUCCCUGUUAAGAGAAUUUGUAAGGAUGAAUUAUGUGAUGUCAUACCUUCACUUAGACCAAAUCGACAAUUUAUAAAGAAUUAUCAACUUUCCUUGGAAGAAGAAGAAAAGAUGAAACAAUUAUUUUGGAUAAGAUAUAAAUUAUUAGAAUCACUAACUGGAACGUGGAAGACUCUGAAUGGUGAAAGGGUUGGAAAGAUUGAUUUAAGGAGUAUUAAACUUACACCUAAGAUUGGAAAAUUGAUGAGUUUUAAUAAUAUUCGAAUUACAAAUAGGAUAACUGAUAGUAAUGAUAAGAUACUCCAACCUAAUGACUUAUCAAUUGAUGAGUUUUAUAUUCUUAAGACGACAAUUGUUAAUGAUUCCGGGGAUAUUAUUGUCGGAGCAAUGUUGAGACAAUUACCAAUUGCGAUGAAUUUCAAAUCUAUUGAUCGGAAGAUACUAAUCAAUGGAGUUUUACAAUAUAAGAUUCCAUCAAUCAAUCCUGGUGAAUCCAUUGAAUUACAAUUAAGUUUUGUUAUUAUUGAAAAGGGAGAAUUUGAAUGGAGUAGUAUAUUAGAUAUGAAGGAAGAACAUUAA